AUGUCGAAGAAAGGUUUUCACGAUGACGACGACGAACAAUUAGUGGAGUAUGUGAGCAGAUACUCUAUACUGUAUGAUCAUAAGCAUACAGAUUUCAGAAAUGUGGUGGCAAAGGAUAAGGUGUGGAAGAAGAUAGGAGAAGCAAUGAAAAAAGAUGGUAACCAGUGUAAGAAGAGAUGGAAAGACAUCAGAGAUAACUACUGGAAAACUGUUCGAAAAGAACAACUGCAAACAGGUUCUGCAGCACCAAGUUCAACAACAAAAUGGGCGUUGUUCAACAGACUAGACUUUUUGAGAGAUGUAGAAAGGGAGCGGUCGUAUUUUUGUAGUAUCCCGCCAAAGGAGCCAACAAGUGUUGAAGGACUGCUAUCUGACGAAGACGGACAAAAUGCCAAUGAAACAGAGCCUGACACUCUACAAGCCAUUGCUUCCUUGUCCUCUAGUGACGCAGCUGCUGCCAACUCUUCCAUCUCAGCUCGCAGAUCGAGGAAAACACACUGGGAUUCAAUCAACCAAAGGGGCCAACAACGAUUGGGAUUGCUGCAGCGCUUGGCUAAUAAUCGGGAGCCGGAAGAUAAUGUGGGGCUGUUCAUGAGAUGCAUCGCAUCGUCCAUUAGGAAACUACCACGUCACCUCAUUAAUAAAGCGAAAAUUGACAUUUUAAGCUAUGUUACGAGACUUGACAGUUCUUCAGAAUCAUCUCAUGUGCCACUACCUGUCAUCAUCAGUCCUUCCGGCUUGUCUUCUCUUUCGUCCCCUUUCGAACAAACUUCAUCGCUUUUGAAAUAUGGCGAACUUAGUAAUUCUACAGGUAAAGGAUGUGAUGCAAGUAGCAGACAACGUGUGAACACCGCAGAUCGAAACUUUCAGGACAUUGUGAGCAGAUGGUUGGCGGAAUCAGACGAUAGUGACUGUGAUGAUAAUCCUGAAGAAACUGAACCAUUGCGAAAGAGUGGAUCAGAUGAAGCUCCUGACAAAAGAGGUAUCUUCCAGAAAGAUCUGGCCCUUAGUCUUGUGCUGAAACAUAUGCAAAAGUGA